AGGUACGCGUGCGCACGGGGGCUAGGGCGUGCCGGACGGAAGUGGAGCAGAGGCGCCCGGGAGGUGGAAGGAGAGCCCCACUCAGGUUACCACCAAAGAACAUCAGUUUGGUCUCGGGGCUCCAGUUUCUGAAGCUGGAAGAAACCAGAAUAGUUUCCAACUAGAACAAGAAGUGAGAACCCAAGACAGAUUCAUCUCUACACUGAAAUUACAGAUUGAACUCAUUUGCCAGCAAAAUAAUAUAACAGUAUUAGAAGAUACAAUUAAAAGACUUAAAUCUAUAAUUUUAGAGACUGAAAAAGCACAAAAUAAAUCUCCUUCUAGACUUGAUUCCUUUGUCAAGACUUUAGAAGCAGACAGAGAUUAUUAUAAGACUGAAGCUCAGAAUUUGAGAAAAAUGAUGAGAAAUAGAUCUAAGAGUCCAAGACGCCCAUCACCAACUUCCCGGGGUGCAAACUGUGAUGUAGAGCUUUUGAAGUCAACUGCAAGAGACCGUGAAGAGCUGAAAUGUAUGCUGGAAAAGUAUGAACGUCAUUUGGCAGAAAUCCAGGGCAAUGUCAAGGUUCUCACAUCUGAGAGAGACAAGACUUUCCUUCUUUAUGAGCAGGCACAGGAAGAAAUUGCUCGACUUCGACGAGAAAUGAUGAAAAGCUGUAAGUCUCCUAAAUCAACCACAGCACAUGCUAUUCUUCGUCGGGUAGAGACGGAGAGAGAUGUAGCCUUCACUGACUUACGAAGAAUGACUACAGAGCGAGACAGCCUGAGGGAAAGGCUCAAGAUUGCUCAAGAGACAGCAUUCAAUGAGAAGGCUCACUUGGAACAGCGGAUAGAGGAGCUGGAGUGCACAGUUCACAACCUUGAUGAUGAGCGCAUGGAGCAGAUGUCAAACAUGACUUUGAUGAAGGAAACCAUAACCACUGUGGAAAAAGAAAUGAAAUCAUUAGCAAGAAAGGCAAUGGACACCGAGAGUGAGCUUGGCAGACAGAAAGCAGAGAAUAAUUCUUUGAGACUUUUAUAUGAAAACACAGAAAAAGAUCUUUCUGAUACUCAGCGACAUCUUGCUAAGAAAAAAUAUGAGCUACAGCUUACUCAGGAGAAAAUUAUGUGCUUGGAUGAAAAAAUUGAUAAUUUUACAAGGCAAAAUAUUGCACAGCGAGAAGAAAUCAGCAUUCUUGGUGCAACUCUCAAUGAUCUGGCUAAAGAAAAGGAAUGCCUGCAAGCAUGUCUGGACAAAAAGUCUGAGAAUAUUGCAUCCCUUGGAGAGAGCUUGGCAAUGAAAGAAAAGACCAUUUCAGGCAUGAAGAAUAUCAUUGCUGAGAUGGAACAGGCAUCAAGACAGUCUACUGAAGCCCUGAUUAUGUGCGAACAAGAUAUUUCCAGAAUGCGCCGGCAGUUGGACGAGACAAAUGAUGAGCUGGGUCAGAUUGCCAGGGAGAGAGAUAUCUUGGCUCAUGAGAAUGACAAUCUUCAAGAACAGUUUGCCAAAGUCAAACAAGAAAACCAGGCACUGUCCAAAAAACUGAAUGAUACUCAUAACGAACUCAGUGACAUAAAGCAGAAGGUCCAGGAUACAAAUCUGGAGGUUAACAAGCUGAAGAACAUAUUAAAGUCUGAGGAAUCUGAGAACCGGCAAAUAAUGGAACAGCUCCGAAAAGCCAAUGAAGAUGCAGAAAACUGGGAAAAUAAGGCCCGCCAACUAGAGGCAGAAAACAAUACACUCAAACUGGAACUUAUCACGGCUGAAGCAGAGGGCAACAGAUUAAAGGAAAAAGUUGAUGCCCUUAACAGAGAGGUUGAACAACACCUAAAUGCAGAGCGCUCUUACAAAUCCCAGAUUGGAACGUUACACAAGUCUCUAGUGAAGAUGGAGGAGGAGCUUCAGAAGGUUCAGUUUGAAAAGGUGUCUGCACUCGCAGAUUUGUCUUCCACGAGGGAACUCUGCAUUAAACUCGACUCAAGCAAAGAACUUCUUAAUCGACAGCUGGUUGCCAAAGAUCAGGAAAUAGAAAUGAUGGAGAAUGAGCUGGAUUCUGCACGCUCUGAAAUAGAACUGCUCAGGAGUCAGAUGACAAAUGAGAGGAUCUCCAUGCAGAAUCUUGAGGCUUUGCUGGUGGCCAACCGAGACAAAGAGUACCAGUCUCAGAUAGCGCUGCAGGAAAAAGAGUCUGAGAUCCAGCUGCUGAAGGAGCACCUUUGCCUGGCAGAGAACAAAAUGGCCAUCCAGAGUAGAGAUGUGGCACAGUUCAGAAAUGUUGUAACACAGUUAGAAGCAGAUUUGGACAUUACAAAAAGACAACUAGGGACAGAACGAUUUGAAAGGGAAAGGGCUGUCCAAGAACUUCGCCGCCAGAAUUACUCAAGUAAUGCUUAUCAUUUGGGUUCAAUGAAGCCAAAUACAAAAUGUCACUCACCAGAGCGUGCUCACCAUCGAUCUCCUGACCGAGGCCUCGACCGAUCAUUGGAAGAGAAUCUUUGCUAUAGAGAUUUCUGACAUGUGAAAAGAUUCUCCACAGCCUUGGAAAGGUCAAAGAUACAAAUGGAUUUUUUUCUUUUUUUUUUUUUUUUUGCUAUGUGAUUGCAUUUAUCUUUUGAAUGCUUGACAGGGUUAAAUGUAUUUAUUAACUUUGUGCCUCUGAGUCUGUUCUCGAGUGCCCUAACACAGAUAUCUGGGAUGAUUGAUGUAUGCAAACAAAAUGCAUAUGGCUCUUUCCACAGCAACAGUGAGUGUGAAGUCUGCUUACUUCACUGUUGAGCACUGUUUUGUUAACUAUCCGGAGUAAAUAAAGAAGCUUGAAAAAGAGGGAAAAGUGUUUUUACAAAACUGAUUUUCUUUCCUUUCUUGCUAUCUCAAAUGACUGGUUGGUUAGAUUUUUGUCUUUGUGAUUUAUAUUCUCACGGCUGGAGAAGCUGGGCCAAGAUGGGCACAGCCUAGCAGCACUGGCCUGGGACCCAGUGUCACAUUUUGGAACCAACCUGACAUAACUUCCAUGCCACAGUCUACCUUCAAAGUAGGAGCGUGCCAGGGCUCUCAGUGUGCACUGUUGCUGUGGUACUCAGCCCAAGCACCAUGCGUUUUUACAGUUGAGUUUGCUCUUACUGUUGUUAGAAAGGUAGGUGAUGAUCUAUCUAUCCAGAUGGAAGAUUUUUAAAAAAAAAUAUGUAUUCUUCAUAAGUUUUUUUCAAAACAUUAAAGUACCACAAUGAACUUACUUGACAUUUUAUUAUUAUUAUUUUUUUGCCUGUGGCAGCUGUCUGUAAUCUAGAGUGACAAGAUGUUUCCUUUCCCUCACCUGCAUCUCUUAUGUCUUUUCUGUCCAUAGGCUGAUUUACUGUUGAUAUUAGAGCCUGAAUGCUACUGUAUUUUACUGAUAUAAGCUAUUUGUAUUCUUACAUUUUAAUAAAAAAACAAGCCCUGUCAUUAAUAGUA